AUGAUCAAUGAGCCUCAGAAUAGGAGUUCAGAGGACAUACUGAAUGCCUUCAUGACACAGUCGCAGAAGAAUAUGGAGCAUUCAAACAAGAGGCUCGAGAAGCAUAAGCCAGGGCAGUUCCCAGGGCAGCCAACUAUAAAUCCCAAGGAUUGCAAGGCGAUUCACUUGAGGAGUGGGACGAGUUAUGAGGGUCCUUCUAUGCUAGAGACCCCACCAAAGCUUGUAGCUGAGCCAAAGAAAGAAGCAGAGGCCAAGGUAGAAAAGGAGGAACUUGAGACAUCAUCUCCUGCAGUUCACCCUGAGGUGAACACACUAGUCAAGCCAGCAGAGGUCAGAGUGCCAUUCCCCCAAGUGCUGCAAAGGAAGAAGAAGAAUGAUCAGUUCGCCAAAUUUUGGGAGAUCUUCAAGAAGGUGCAGAUUAACAUUCCGCUGAUUGAGGCAUUGCAGCAAAUUUCCGGAUAUGUUAAGUUUCUCAAGAAAGCUGUCGCCAAAAAGAAGAAAUGGGAGCAUCAUGAGACCGUCAACUUGACGAAAAACUGUAGUGCGAUCUUGCAAAGGAAGCUUCCGGCCAAGAUGGAGGAUCCGGGAAGCUUUAUUAUUGAGUGCACUAUUGGAGAAUACUUUGUGGAGAAUGCCUUAUGCGACCUUGGAGCGAGCAUUAACCUCAUGCAUUUGUCUUUCUAUAACAAGAUGAAGAUUGGCUAG